GGGAAAGAGAGUAUGCCCCUCCUUCUCAAACAGCAUGGCCAAGUUUACUCUCUAGACUCUGAGCCAUGGAUUGUUCCAGCUUCGGUGGGAUUCAAACUCAUGAUCUAGCAACGAUAAGGAGAACGCUUUUUUGUCACGCCACUUGGGAGCAGCUAGUAUAUUAGUUUUAUGAAAAUGAAUGACCCCUGAUAAUCCAUCAAUUGAUCCAUCCAUCCAUCCAUUUAUCCUCUGUACCACUUAUCCUACACAGGCUCACGGAGAGCCUGGAGCCUGUCCCAGGGGACAGGGGCACAAGGUGGAGGACACCGUGGACGGGGUGGCAGGACACAAUCACACACACAUUCACACACUACGAACAAUUUGUCUUUGGACUGGUGGAGGAAACCCCCAAGACACAGGGAGAACAUGCAGGCUCCACGCGCACAGGGCGGAGGUGGGAUUCGACCCACCAACCCUGGAGGUGCAAGGCGAACCCACUGCGUCUAACCCACCAGUUUGACCCAACAUGUUUACUAAACAGUGUUUUGGUGAACAGAAUUAUGGGCCUACACCAUGAAGAAUCCAUGUGAUGUUGCCUGUAAGUUUGGGGCAGAUACUUUCUGAAUGCGAUGGUUCAGAAGUUUAGUUAAGACCCUGUUGGUCCUGCAGUUCACUACGUUCUGGCGGCUGGGUGAAGUUGUUGAACAGUAUGGAAGACACAGGAAGAAGGUGAGCGCAGAAACUUAGCAAUAAGGACCUAAAAUGAAGUGAACUUGGAAGAUGGUGGAGAUUCCGUUUCUCUCCUGAACCUUUUUGUGAAUGCAGACUGUGAAUAACAUCUAAGAACUUGGGAGACUGGAGCAGCUUCUGCUUUGUGUGACUCGGUCCGUUACGUGAGUCUCUCUGAGGUCCCUGGAGGUAUCUGUAGUUGGUCUAGGAGAUGGGCUCCUGGAGAUGUUGUGAUCUGGAAGUAAAGGGUAUGAGUGAAACUUGUACUAGUGGUCUUCUUGAGGAAGUUGACCACAGGGAGAUGGUCCUUUAGAGAAUGUUGGCGUGAUAGUGAAGAAAUGGAACAAGGUGACACAAGUGGACAUGCCUGCUGAUCAGACUAGAUCAGAAUAAUUCUGCCUGUCUGUUCGAGUCCCAGCAGAUUUGGAGGAGUAUGGAUCUCAUGGGUGAGAACUUGUGAUGUGUGAAGUGUUGCAGAAAAGAUGGGAGGAGUGGAUCCAUGUUGAUUUGAUGUGCACUCCCUGAACUCGGAGAUGAGGAGAAUGCCUCACUUUCCUGAACAGGAAUCCUGUAUUGAGAAGGUUCAUUUUCUUUGUUUUUCCUAGCUGUAGCUUGGAGAUUAUGAGUAAUGACCUUUAGUGGAGAGCAGCAUUAACCACAGGAAGAAGUGGUAAGUUUUUAGUGCUGCUUUAUUGCAUUAACCUCCAGUGAAGAAACAGAUGCAGCAGGUCUCACUCAGACAGAGCUAAAGGAACAAACCUAGGAGAGAACCGAGACUCAGAAGGUGGAACCCAUCAAGAAAUUAGCUUACUAGGGACAAGCCCAGUCUGCAGUAAACAGGACCAUGACACACACACGGAGAGCUGCGCACCUGCUCUUUCUGAUCGUCUUCCUCACAGGGUGUGUGUGUGGAUUAAAUCUGAGCGUGUGGCAAACACCUCGAAAUAUAACUGCAGAGUCGGGAGAGCGAGUGACCCUCACCUGCCACUUCACACUCAGGACAUCAGAGAGAGGAGGAUGGAAACUACAGUGGAGGAAAAAUAACGACUCAGUAUUUCUAACUGAAAGUUAUAAUAUAUCUGAUAUAAACACUAACACUGUAACUGAAGUGAAUAAAUCUCACACACUGACGCUUCAUCCAGUGAAUGUGAGUCACAGCGGGAUUUAUUACUGUAAGGUGUGGCAAGAUGUUCCACGUCUCGGACCAGAAACUGAGGGUGGAGGAACAGAGCUAACAGUGGACAAUAAUACAAACAAUUCGUCCAGCACCCCCUCCACCCCCUCCACCUCCUCCAUCCCCUCCUCCACCCCCGCUACUGAUCAGGAUGUAAAGUUAGUAAUAUGGAUGGCAUCAUUAGCUUUACUGCUGAUUAUUGCCUGCGUCACAUCUGUCAUGUGCUUUACAUACAGAGGUCACUGCGUGAGACCAAAACUAAAGACGGAUCGCCAGUCAGCGCGGGCGGAGGAUUUAGGCGUCGUGUACGCUGCAGUGAAAAUCCACAAACCUCGUGAGAAGAAACACACGCAUGAGGUGAGAACGUUAACAUCACAUUCUUAUCGUUCAGCAGAUCUGUGUCUGUGUGAAGCUGCGGUGGAGUGCGAGUGUGAACACGGAGUGGGUUUACAGACUGCCGGGUUUCUACGUUUAUUAGGAUAAACAAAACCUUGUUUGUUUGUUUGUUUGUUUGUUUCCAGGCCAGUGAAGCGCAGGACGCAGGAUGUGAGGAAAGCCCAGAGGUUUUAUACUCAGACAUUCGCAUAAAAUCAUAAAAACAUUUCGUGAUGAU